CAAGAUUUAGUCAGAGUGAGAGGUCACUUUUCCUCCCAUAUCUUUCCAGAUGCAGAUCAGACGAGGAGAGCUGUAAAAGCAAAUGAGUGACGCAGCUGCAGACGUAGCUACUGUAUUUGUCUGGGUGUCACCUAAAAUAGAUCAAAAAUAAUUAUCGAACGAUGGCGUGUUUCUUAUUUUUAUUUUUAAAUAUUUUGUAAAUUAUUUAGAUAUAAAAAAAUCAUAUCCGGUUUAUUCCCCCCCCCGCCCGUUUUCUUUUUUUUAAUCGAAGUGGUAAUGCUGCUCUGCUGCCCAUAUCCUUUUCUUUCUUGUUUUCCUGUUUAAGUUGUGAACUACACAUCCCGGAGUGCCUCUGUUGACCCCUGCAGCUCAUUUGGCGCUGAUCUGAGAGGACCGCUAGGGCCUAAAAAAAAAAGAAAAAGAAAAAAAAGAACAGAGCGAAACCAAAAAGAAGAGGAAGCGGGAGGCGAUCAUUCAUACGGCAGGAAGGGGCGAAGAUUGGACGGGUGCAGACUAAUUGCUGGGGUUCUCGUAUUGACGGAGAGCCAGGCUGUCGGAUUGGGUAGUGACCCGAUAGCGUAACACUCCCCCCUUCUUCGUCGUCGUCCUCCCCCUCUGUUGAGAAUUGCGUUAAAUCGAAAAGGAAAGGCCUGAGCUUUGUCAACAUUACAGGAUAUAUACCUUUAUUUUUUAUUUUUGUUCCCCUCCCCUGCCUAUAGAUUAAACGAGGAUCCGUCGCUGGCUGGUGUAUGUGCUUAGAAUGGGACACGCUGAAGGUCCAGUCAAAGAAAAAGACAGUUAAGGAUGCAGGAGCCCAACAAUGGAUUUCUCCUUCUCUUUCAUGCAAGGGAUCAUGGGAAAUACAAUUCAGCAACCCCCUCAGCUCAUUGACUCAGCCAACAUCAGACAGGACGGCACCUGUGACACCGGCAGUGACCCGGGUGAGGAUUCUGGUCCCUCCUACGAUGCUUCCUUGGACGCCGAGUUUCCGUAUCCUCCGUCUGCUUCGGAGGUCAUGCCGCAGGUUCCCAAUGGCUACCCGCCAAGUCUGGGCUUAUACGAACCACAAACCAAGUUUUCCAUGUACUCUCAGUUCCCCAACGGUUCUGCUAAUGGCUACGGAGCCAUUCGGAGCUACGGGGAGCACGGCCUCCUGCCAGGGGAGGGGACAGUCCUGAGGGGCCCCGGCCUCCAGGAGAGACCCCUCUCUCCCGUGUCCCCUCCGUUGCCCACACACCACCCACACCUCCAUCCUCACCACCUCCAUCCCCAUCAUCACCCCUUCCAGUCCAACCCGCCCCAUAUACAGACCCACUCGCACCCUCACAGCCCCCCGCCGCUGCCUUUACCCUCACAGCACCACCUGCUACAGACACCUCACAUCAUGACCCACAACUUGCCUCCGCCUCCCCCUUUACACCUCCCCUCCUCAAGCCCCCCUCCCUCACUCGUGGACAGUACCCCUUCCUCCCAGCCGGCCCACAUCCCAUCUAACACCCCCGGUGGGGUGUUGAAGAAAACCAGCUCUCCUGAGAUCAAGCUGAAAAUCAUCAAAACAUAUCAGAACGGAAAAGAGCUGUUUGAAUCCGCGCUGUGUGGAGACCUGCUGCAGGAGCUGCAGAAGGAGUCCCAGAAGAACGAGGCGGUUCUGAAGCAGCGAAGACACGAGAGGAAGAAGGAGAAGAGGAAAAGGAGCGCGAGACUUCAAGCCCAGGAACAAAACCAGGACCCGAGUCCAGCGCCGGUAGGUACGACCGAGCCACCAGAGGAGACUCAAGUCCAGGUCCAGAUCCAGCCGAGUGAAACUCCUCCGAUCCAGACAGAGAAGCCUCAGAAGACCGUCAUCGAAACUGAACCAAAGACGCCGAAGGUUUCAAAGGUCCAUCAUCCAUCAGUGAUCCAAGAGACGGGCAUUUGUAAGGAGUUUGUCAUUGGAGACCUGGUGUGGUCUAAGGUUGGCACAUACCCCUGGUGGCCCUGCAUGGUCUCCUCAGAUCCACAGAUGAAGGUCCACACUCGCAUCAACACCAGAGGUCACAGGGAGUAUCACGUUCAGUUCUUCGGCAGCGUCGCAGAGAGAGCGUGGAUCCACGAGAAGAGGAUCGUGGUGUACCAGGGCAAACAGCAGUUUGACGAGCUUCAGGCUGAGACUCUGCGCAAAGCGACGAACCCCGUUGAGAGGCAAAAACUUUUGAAGCCGAUUCCUCAAAGAGAGCGAUCACAGUGGGAAGUGGGUGUGGGCCACGCUGAGGACGCGUUCCUCAUGACACGUCAGGAGCGGAUCGACAACUACACCUUCAUCUACGUCGACCCAGACCCCAACGAGCCCCAGCAGAGUAAGAAGCCCACCAUCAGACCCGAGAAACGAAACCGGCGCUCCAGCGGCUCGGUCACUAAAAAGGAGGACAGAAUUGUGAAGUCGCCAGACAGAGAGCCGCCGCCGAGGAGGCAGCAGCCGCGGAGACGCUGCAGUGUCACCAACGCAGAAGACAGCUCCCAGGCUUCUGCCGAAGAGAGGAGCCAGAAAGCAGAACAACGCAAGGCGAGCUCGCCCAGACUCAAUGCUGGUUCUGAAACACAAUCACAGCAGGACACCUCUCCUCCAGUCAGAGCUUGGAAAACAGCAGCUGCCAGAAAGCUGCUGCCUCUCUCCAUCACCAUGAAGAGGCUAAACGUGGAGAUCACUAAGUGCGACUGGCCUCUCCUGCAGAAAAAACCACCUCUGUCGCCCAAGAGGGGCAACGCAGAAGAAAAGGAGGAGAGAGUGGAGAGGGAGGCCAGGCAGCCCGACCUGGGUUACUGCUCACCUGAGGACAGCAGAGCUAAACCCGAGCCCAGUCCGGAGGAAGAGGAGGAUGGAGAUGAGGGGGAGGAAGAAGGGGAUGAAAGGAGAGGCUCUCCUGCCAGCCAGAGAAGUGAGGAGGGAGGAAACCAGCAAACGUCGUCUCCUGGAUCUCAGGACAGCAGUCCACAAGGUUCUCAGGAGAGGAAGCUGCAGCGCCGGUCAAUCAGAAGCAAAUCAGAGUCGGAGAGAGGAAACGAUCCAGUUCCCAAGAAGAAAACCAAAAAGGAACAGGCUGAGAUGGCUCCAGAGACGACGUUAAAGACGGGUUCUCAGAAAGGAGCCAGUGAGAUCUCAGACGCCUGCAAGCCUCUGAAGAAGCGUAGCAGAGCUUCAACAGAUGUUGAGAUGGCUUCAUCUCAGUACAGAGACACCUCCGACUCUGACUCCAGAGGCCUCAGCGACCCACAGGGCUUAUUUGGUAAGAGUCUCGACAGUCCAGCGGCGGCGGAUGCAGACGCUUCAGAUACUCAGUCUGUGGACUCGGGCUUAUCCCGCCAGGACAGCAGCAACGAGAAAAGAGACACCGUGUGCCAGAUCUGCGAGACGUACGGAGAAGGUCUGAUGGUGUGUGAGGGCGACUGCAGCAGACAGUUUCAUCUGGAGUGUCUCGGCUUGUCGGCGCCACCUGAUGGCAGAUUCACCUGUCUGGAAUGUAAAAAUAGCAACCAUCCGUGUUUCAGCUGUAAAACUACAGGUCAGGAGGUGACUCGCUGCUCCGCCCCUGGAUGCAGUUGUUACUACCACGAGGACUGCGUGUGGAAACUCUCGGGCACCACCAGCAGUCCUGGCGGAGGCUUCUGCUGCCCUCAGCACAGCUGCUCAACCUGCUGCCUGGAGAGGGACCUGCAGAGAGCCAGUAAAGGAGGCAAGUUGCUGUGCUGCGACUCAUGCCCAGCUUCCUUCCACCCGGAGUGUCUGGAGAUGGAGAUGCCAGAAGGUGCAUGGUCCUGCAGCGAUUGCAGGGCGGGGAAGAAGCCGCACUACAAACAGAUUGUCUGGGUGAAGCUGGGAAACUACAGGUGGUGGCCUGCAGAGAUCUGCAACCCUCGCUUGGUGCCAUCAAACAUUCAGAGUCUUCGGCACGACAUCGGCGACUUCCCCGUCUUCUUCUUUGGCUCCCACGAUUACUACUGGAUCAACCAGGGCCGGGUCUUCCCUUACGUGGAGAACGACAAGAACUUCGUCACGGGUCAGAUCAACAUCAACAAAACCUUCAAGAAAGCUCUUGAAGAAGCAGCACGGCGGUUUCAGGAGCUCAAGGCGCAAAGGGAGAGCAGGGAGGCUCUAGAACAGGAGCGCAACUCUCGCAAACCUCCACCGUAUAAACUUAUCAAGUCCAACAAACCGGUGGGGAAAGUGCAGAUGCACGUGGCGGACUUGUCUGAAAUCCCACGGUGUAACUGCAAACCAGGGGACGAGCGUCCGUGCAGCAUCGACUCCCAGUGUCUGAACCGCAUGCUGCAGUACGAGUGUCAUCCACAGGUGUGUCCUGCAGGAGAGAACUGUGAGAACCAAAACUUCACCAAGCGCUUGUAUGCAGAAACAGAGGUGAUGAAGACGGAGGGCCGGGGCUGGGGCCUCAGGACAAACCAGACGCUCAGGAAGGGUGAUUUUGUGGCAGAGUAUGUUGGAGAGGUGAUAGACUCAGAGGAAUGCCAGCAGCGAAUCAAGCGAGCACAUGAAAACCAUGUGACCAACUUCUACAUGCUCACCCUCACCAAGGAUCGGGUGAUAGACGCUGGUCCAAAAGGAAACUCAUCCCGCUUCAUAAACCACAGCUGCAACCCAAACUGUGAAACCCAGAAGUGGACGGUAAACGGCGACGUCCGCAUCGGGAUCUUUGCCCUCUGUGACAUUGAGGCUGGCACAGAGUUGACGUUCAACUACAACUUACACUGUGUGGGAAACAGGAGAGCGUCCUGUCACUGUGGGUCAGAUAACUGCUCCGGCUUCCUCGGCGUCCAGCCGACGAGCGCUCUGGUGAUGGAAAAGGAAGAGAAGGCCAGGAACGCCAAGCUGAAGCCGAAGAAGCGGAAGCUGCGGCUGGAAGGCAAACACACGCACGAGUACUUCUGUUUCUGCUGUGGAGACGGAGGAGAGCUGGUGAUGUGCGACAGGAAGGACUGUCCGAAAGCAUAUCACCUCCUGUGUCUCAACCUCACCAAGCCUCCAUACGGACGCUGGGAAUGCCCGUGGCACGACUGCAGCGUUUGCGGCUCCCCGGCCUCGUCUCACUGUGACUUCUGUCCCCGCUCUUUCUGCACGGAUCACGAGGCGGGGGCGCUCACCCCCUCCUCCCUGGACGACCGCCCCUGCUGCUCCAGCCACAACCCGCUCAGUCCCCUCGGCUCCGGCUCCAGCCAGCGGCAUGGCGCCGCUCUGAGCCCGGUCCGGGUCAAAGAGGAGCCCGAGGGGGAGCGGGCGGCCGCAGAGUGAUGUCUCAACUCCCCACAAUACCUCAUUCCCAACAAAGUAUGCCCUGAUCUUCAGCUGCGCACUCCACAAGGGAAUUCCAGUGCUUUCUGACUAAUGCCAUGGCCGGCGUGCACAGCCUCCGUGCUGUUGGCGGUGGGAGUGGCGCGAGGGGCAGAGACCACACUGAAGCGUGCGCUGUUUUCUCUCCUCCUUUGCCAUAAAACACAACACUCUGCAGCUCAGCUGUGCCCAUGGAGGGGCGGAACAUCACCUCAUCGUGUUUUCUUACUAUUGUUAUUUUUUCGCAGCUGUGGAAUUCAUAAGUGUUGUCUCGCCGUGACCCGCAGCUCCUACUCUUCAGAGGAGGACGGCUUUAACAUCGAGACGAGCCGGCGUUUCUUCAUCCGUCAUCCAGCGCGAGAGCAGCUGGGUGAAUACAGCUGAUUUUGUGCAAUUUUUUUCUUUUUCAGGACCACACUACAUUCCAACCAUGGUUUUAUUAUACUUAUGGAUAUAGAUGAAUAUAAUUAUAUACAGUAUCUAUGUUUGUUAAUGUUUACAGACAGAUUCUCUCACUUCAUCUCGGUGAGUGGUGUAUUAUGUUUGUUUAGGUGUUGAACAUUAAGCAAACCUUGUGAAAAUAGUCUUAUUAAGGUGAAAUAUAAUGGUAUAUAGUGUCAUGGUAUGACAUUACAGAAGUACUUGUGAUUUCAUAUUACCAGUCUCACUUGCCAUUGUGUACAUAAUUGGCUCACAAUAUUGUAAAGUACUUAAAGGUCACGGGGGCAAAGCCUUGUGUCUCUUGUUGCUCCCGAAAGAAGGAAAAGCUUUUUAAACCAACAGGUCUCUGUCAUUUUUUUUGUUUGUUCUCACGCGUCCUCCAGGUAGUUCUUUGUAAAAGUCGACUGAGGGGCCCAGCUUUUUUGAUCCCCGGUGCUGUCUGUCUUAAAACUGUUGUCUUACAAGCCUUAAGUUCAGUUUUUCCUCUCAUCCUGCCCAGAUGCAGUGCAUUUAUUUUUAUUUUUUGCCAAACUUGUCUGAAAAGCACUUUCACACAACUCGCUGCUACACCUCGUAGCAGAAAUCAUGAAAUAAGUGUUUCAAAAAAAAGAAAAAAGAUACCUCUUCUUAUGUAGUAACAUAGGAAAUCUUGCUGUUGUUUUUGUUCAGAAAUGUUUGGAAUGCUGGGCCUUUUUCUGUUUUGUUUUUAUUCUUUUGUAUUUUCCCAACUUCAUAGGAAAAAAAAAAAAUCCCUGCAGGGACAUUUUCUGUUCUCACCUGGAGGAUGAAAUCCUCACUGCUGGGCUUCAUCUGAACAUUAAAUGGUGUAACAGUAGUCCAGUAUAAAGUUCAAGCACCAACUUCUGUACAGUGUUUUUAAUCACUCAUCUUUUCAAUCAACAUUUAUUUUUUGUAUUUAUUGCACCACGUUUGAAACAUUUUUUUUCAAAUACCAGUGAAAUGAUUUCUUGUCUCACUAAGGUGUUAAUGAAAAAAGGCAAAAUUGGAGAGAAAAAUAUUUUUUUUGUACUUGACUUAUCCAAUCAUGUGCACACAUUUUUAAGUGUAAUGAUUCCACAUCUGGAAACAGCAGCUGCUCGUGCGCCCGUCAUGUGACUCGCUGUUUGAAGCACUCCAGCGUUGGAGUGUAAAGUUUCUGUUUCAGAGCAGAUUUGACAUGAGUCCUAAUUAACCCCAUGAGAUGUCACUCUAAUCCUUUUUUUUGGCUGUGUAAGCAGAUGUUUUUGUUUUCUACUUGUUUCAUAUAAAGUUGUGUCAAAAGUUGAUCCGCAGGGUGAAACGAUGCCAGUGUUGCCAAAUCCUUUCUGUUCGUUGAAGGUGCAGUUGAAUAGCAUUUUCCUGUCUUUUGAGAUAAAUAUCUGUACUUUGGAAUCUGAAGGUGCAAUUGGUUCUUUUUUUUCUUUUUUUUUUUAUACCUGAUGUAUUAUAAUAGGUACACAAAUCCUGACUUAUCCCAGAUAGGAAUAAAAUCUUAAAUCAUUUAAGAGGAAAUAUAAGAUUCACUUGAUAGUUGACAUGUUUCCUGCCUUAAUUUGUAAAAUUUUCAUUCUAAAAUAUUAGUUAUAAGGUUAAUAGAAAAAAGUAUCUUUUCUUUUUCAAUAACUUUUUUUGUUUAAAUUGUCAAAAUUCCACUGGAAAAUGUACCUGUUCUGCUUAAAUUUUCCAAAUAUUUGUUCUGUAUUCUACCUUUAAGCGGUAAUUUUUUUUUGUUCCUGUUUAAUUAGAAAUUAUUUUUAAAGCCUUUUUUUGUCAGGCUUUGAAUAAACAUACAAAAACAAUUAUACAUUUAUCAUAUUGUUAAACCCCAAGUAGGAAGGAAAAAGGCAGUAAAAAUGUUAAUUUCCUGAUUUUUCUUUCAUCUUUGUCACUUUUUUUGUGGAUGCUUAAAGACUUUUUUUGUGUGUGCAGAUCAUCAUCGCUUCCACCUUUUUUACUAUUUCAACCUUUAUUUUCCAAGCCUGUACAACUAAACUUGAAUUUGUGAGUUUAUUUUUGAUAUAUUUAGUUGUUUCAUUUUAUGCACCCUUGACUCUUUGUGCUUCAGAGAAAAAAAAAAGAAGUUUGCUGCUGAUUUGUUGAGUUAUUCCUGUUCUAAAGCCUUUUUUAAGUGAAUGUUUUUUAGCUUAAGUGCAUGCUUCCAUCAUGAAAAGAUGUAUUUUUGUUCAUUUCCCCCCUCUUUUCCCUCAUUGCACAGAGAUUCUGCAAAACCAAACAGUCCUUAUUUGUCUGGGCACCUGCAGAGAGCACAAUCGCCAUCAUUUCUUUGUGCCAGUUUGCCGAGCUCACACAGCAGCAGUAUUAUGAAUUUAGAUGUCCAUGCUUUCACCUUAAUGAUGUGAUGGUAGUUUUUUUUUUUGUUUCUCUUUUGUUUUGUUUUUUUAAGACAGCAUGUUUAUUCUCAUUUAGGUGUCUCUUGAAUUUGCCUGAUGAGGAUUUUUCACUUCAAUUUAGGAUAGGCCACCCAGUUUGUAUCGUCAAAGGGCAUAUUUCAGUUCACUGUGACGUCUUUUGUUUUCUUGUGCAGUGUCAAUGACUGUCGAUACGUUUUUACUUGACAUGCUGUCAGAUAUUGUUGAAUACAAAAAUAAAUUCACAUGCAUAAGCGCUCAUCUCUUCACUUGUAGUAAAUUGCUUUCAGUAACCAACUGGACUCAUAAAUAUCUCUCCAUGUUGCUUCGAUUAAAAGGUGGAUGAACACAAAAUUCCAUGUUACUUACUGUUCAACCUGUGUUACUGUAUACUACAUAUUGUUGAGGAACUUGUAAAUAGUUUGCAUUGAACUUGCAUAGACUCAUGUUACCGUUGCGUGCUCUUUUUGCCUGUACAAUUCUGCUUCUAAAUGUGUUUGACUGUUGAGACGACACUCCUUUUGUACAUGACUGUCUUUUUAUUUGAGAAUAUUGAUUCUGUCCUUUUUCAUUCUAAAGUUGAGUUUGAAGAGUUCAGACAUGCCUGAAGUUUGACUUUAAUAAAGCUGUACUCUGUCUCAGUGAA